AUGUUACUCGCGGGCGUCGGGGCGUUCGCGUUGCGGCAACGGUGGCGUUUGGACGUCGAUUACGCGGUGACGCUCGCGAUGCGCAGGCUCGAAGCGCACUCGGGCGUGCGCGAGCUGCUCGGUGGACCGGUGACUUUGGGAGAAUCGCGCGUUAUCGUCACUUCAGGUGGAGGUCUCGCGCUGUUUAAGCGCACGACUUCUAGAGUUUUUGGCGCCGUCACGCUUCCCGUGAGCGUGGACUCGAAAUGGGCGCACGUCGCGUUUGAAUUACGAGGCACGCGCAAGCGCGGCGUCGUCAGCUUGGGCGCGCGCAAGUGGGGUGGAAUGUAUGGAAUACCGCUGCUCGCGCUCGAAGUGCAGAGUCGCGACGGUGAGGCGUAUCGAUUGUUUUUGGAAGGCGGAGCGAAGGAUUACGACGCGAGCGUGUUGCCGUCUCUGCGCGAACCACUCGAGGCAAGCACCAAUAACGUCGAGUACAAGCGCGCGAAGGCGGCCGCGGACGCACACGACGCAGAGCACGCCGCCGCUAUUUCAGCGCAAUUGCGCGCGGCGCGUGCACCGAAGCCGCUAGACGAGGGCGGAGGCAUGCACGCGCACGAACGCGCCAUCGACUUCGCUUCGAGCGCGUUGCAUUUCGUGCGCAAAUCCGUGGCACAAGUCAAAGCGCGGGGGACACAAACGCAAACCUAG